GCUUUAUUCGUAAGAAAUGAAGAGUUUAAGGGUUCUUUUUAGUAAUUUUCUCGAAUCACACAAGUGAGCUCAUCAGAGUCCACGAGCUUCCCACUAAAAAAAUUGAAAUUGUUUCUUCUGUCAUCUGAAAUUAAACAAAGCGAGAAAAAGGCGAUACAAACGAUUUCGAAUGCUUCAUCUUCUACUUUGAAAAUCCUUCUUCUGCUUAAUGCUGCUAGAUAUGGAUCUCGGUGUUCUUCUACCAUCUCUUAUUCCCUCAUUGCAAUCUGUUUAUGUGCUGGUGUUUUACUUCGUUUACUUGGCCGUUGCCGGAGAAAUUCUCCCCGGGAAAGUUAUUCGCGGCGUUCUUUUAUCAGAUGGCUCUCAACCUCGUUACCGAUGCAAUGGUCUAUUGGCAUUAACAUUGUUGGUAGCUAUUUUGGGAAUCUGUGCAAAAAUUGGCAUUGUAUCACCUCUUGUGGUUGCGGAUAGAGGACUUGAGCUACUCUCUGCUACUUUUAUUUUCUGUGUUUUGGUGACAUUAGCAUUGUAUGUUACUGGGCGAAAUUCUUCCGAUAAGAGUUCUUCCCUAAAGCCUCAUGUCUCAGGAAAUCUUGUACAUGAUUGGUGGUUUGGAAUACAGCUGAAUCCUCAGUUUAUGAGCAUCGAUCUCAAGUUUUUCUUUGUUAGAGCUGGGAUGAUGGGAUGGCUGCUUAUUAAUCUCUCUAUUCUGGCAAAAAGUGUGCAGAAUGGUUCCUUGAGUCAGUCGAUGAUUCUUUACCAGAUCUUCUGUGCGUUAUAUAUAUUGGACUACUUUGUUCAUGAAGAAUACAUGACCUCUACGUGGGACAUAAUUGCAGAGAGACUGGGCUUCAUGCUAGUGUUUGGUGAUCUCCUGUGGAUUCCUUUCACUUUCAGCAUUCAGGGCUGGUGGCUUUUGCACAACAAAGUAGAACUAACAAUUCCUGCUAUUGUAGCCAAUUGCCUUGUCUUCGUAAUAGGGUACAUGGUUUUUCGAGGGGCUAACAAACAAAAACAUAUCUUUAAGAAGAACCCAAAAACACCUAUAUGGGGAAAGCCUCCAGUGGUAGUUGGUGGAAAGUUACUGGCUUCAGGCUAUUGGGGAAUUGCAAGGCAUUGUAAUUACCUUGGCGACUUGAUGCUUGCUCUCUCCUUCAGUUUGCCCUGUGGAGUAAGUUCUCCGGUUCCAUAUUUCUACCCAAUAUAUCUUCUGAUACUAUUGAUAUGGAGAGAACGAAGAGACGAGGUUCGAUGUGCAGAAAAGUACAAGGAGAUCUGGGCAGAGUAUCUUAGACUUGUCCCCUGGAGAAUACUUCCUUAUGUUUAUUAGAUGUGCCAAGUCAUGAAUCCUUUCAGAUUCAUCCUCUUGUGACUUAUUUUUCAUCGUCUUGUUUUCAAUGUGACAUUAGAAGAUCCCAUUAUGGCCUUUUAGCAUUUGUUGAUUGAUACUUCUGAAGUACACGUUUGAGAAUUCAACUUUAGUCACUGAUAUCAGCAUUUUCUGAUUUUAUU